GAAAAUGUACAUAUUCAUGCCUUUCUCUUCAGAUCGCCAUUCGGCGCGCAGGCGAAUCACAGUUUAAGCCGUCGGAAGAGACUCUCUUUCUCUCUCUUGCAAUUCGAUCGCUCAGCAAAAUCUAGAAGGUUAUCUGAAUCGCACUUUGGGCUACUGAUUUCGAAAGAAACCUGUAGCAAGGUAAAGAAACUGAAAGCUUCCCACGAAUUUUUCUUUGUGGCUUUAGAUUGGUCGGUGAUUGUUUUAAUUGAGUUCUGGUUUAAGUGAAUUCUCGAGCUUUUAUCGGGGGCAUUUGAUUGCGGGAUUCGUUCAUCUUUUCUCGAAAUGAAAUAGAUGUUUAGGGUGAACCGAGUUGCAGUUUACGUGGUUAUUGCUUGAUAGCUUUAGGGCGAGUAUCCUGAGGAGCUUAUGCCAUUUUAGCCUGAAUAGUCCCAAGGCUGAAUUCUCUCAUUGAAUUGUUUAGCCAGUUGCUUUGAUUGAGUAGUUCUUGUAGACUGGAGAAUGGUUAGAGUUUAGAUUGCAGAAUCAAGGGUUUAACAGAAAUCGUAAAGAGUUCGUUUGCUUGGAUUUUUUUGUAAAAUGAUGUGCCUUGUGUGAACUUACAGUUGAUGGCUACAAUUGGAAGUUUGCCUCACUAGAUAUUUGGGGUUUUGAUUAGCAACAACAUGUCAUUUUCUUAAGUUACUUGGUUGCAUGGGGAUGCAGGUUUCCCAACAAAAUGUAUGUUAGGUCUGUCAUGCUAACAAGGGCUUUAAUCGUCGGUUACUGUUGCAUAAGUUUAAUGUCUAGGCUUGUUUGGAUAGAUGAUAUUUGUUUCUGUUGCGGGGAACCUUAUUUGAUUUUCUAGUAACCAACAUGGCUUCUUUUUUUUUUCCUUUUUCUGGCUGGUCAUUCGAGUUAGUGUUUAUUCAUGGAAAUGAGACAAUGGCAUGUUCCAGGGACAAAGGAAAUGCAGAUGGGGAAUGCAUCCUGUUUUUAGGGAAGAUGCUAACAGUUUGGGGUGGGGAUGAGGCAAUAGAUGCUGACAGUAAGAAUGUUCAUCAGUUGAAAGUUCAUGUAAAUGCCUAAGGGGAGAAAUUCGUUUUGCGUCGUUUUCUGGUUUGAGCAGAAACCUAGAUAUCUAGCAAUUGAUGAUAUCACAAGGUCCAGUUAGGAUGGCUACUGUCACCCAGUCUUCAGAGUUUGAGCAGAAAUCAUGAUUUGCGGGGUUAGGUUUCGAAUAUAGCCAGCUUUGUGGCUCCUGAUUCUAUUUAGGGUUGUCCGAAAGUAACUUCAUUGACAGCUGGGGCCUAAGGCUGCUCUUUGGUGUCCCAGAUUAUUGUUUCACAUCAUUCUUUUAAGUUUGUUUCGAUUCGUUUGACCAUUUACUCAUUUUGCUUAGUAAAGUUGGUUGAAGGAAGUUGCACCUAAAUAGCAAAUAUUCCAUCCUUUUUCCCUCUCCUAGUCACUGAUUCACCAUUGUAUUCGCAGGCCCCAGCUAGUGAGAUGGAGUUAGCAGAUAGAGCAGUUGGGCUUCUGUUGUCUCUCAUCAGCUUAUCUAUCUUUACAUACUUUACCUUCUGGGUUAUCAUCCUGGUAAAAGAUCAUAUGUUCUAAUCAUUCGUACAUUAUCAGAUUUUAUGAUGUGUCACCGCUUUUUGUUACCAGCUGAUAUCUUCUUCUUUUCCAGCCAUUUGUAGACAAUGGUCACUUCGUUCACCAAUAUUUCUUGCCUCUGGAGUAUGCCAUUAUCAUACCGGUAUUUGCUGGCGUAGCCCUUCUCUCAUUACUGUCUCUGUUCGUUGGCUCUGUGAUGCUGAAAUCCAGGAAGAAGAACAAGAAGGCUUGAUUCAGUUCACCCGAAACCGGCUGAUUUCUUUUGUCGCUGAUGUAGAGCAGCUAGAUGAUAGGAUUUCUGUUACUACUUACAUGUCUCUCUGAAAUUGGAAUGUGUUUUUUCCUGGCGGGUCAGGACCAACCCUACGAAAAUUUCACCCGGUCUCGCCCAAUCCCAUUGUUCGAGUUGGGUCAGGAGAUUUAGUAUCCAGGAGGACCAGGAGUCCAGGACUGUAGUUAGUAUGAUAAUAUAGCUCUUCUAUGUUCAUGUUUAGGCUUAUGUUUGUUUCUCUCCGUGUACCUUUUCGGCAGUUCAAGGAUGUUUAUGUGUACUUAACAUCAAAACUUUACUUAGCAUAGCAGUUAGCUGACCCAACAUAUCUAUUUAAGCACAUAAUAGGUAGAUCCAUGAUUUCUCUAUUUUAUGAGAUUAACGGUUCAAUAUAUUAUAGCAGAACCGAUUGAAAAAGAUUUUCCGAAAGUGAGACUGGUUCGACCGCUGAACUAUCCGAAGUUGACGGGGUUCCGUUCCGGGUCGUUUACGUUUUUGCUGAUCGAGAUGACGUCGUUUCUUUCUAUCCGCGCGCAGUCUCAAUUUUUCCUCUGUGAGUUCGGUAAUUAGUUGCGCGAGCUCAAUCUUCUGGUUAGGGAUCUCGUGCCUCUCUCUCUAGUAUCGCCGUCGCUGAACGCCUCUGUCGUCGAUCACAGCUCCAAUUUCUUCUCUUUAUCUCCGUUGUUCUCCUUCUCCUGUCUCCGUCAAUAUCGUUAUCACAGCUCCAGUUUCUUCUCCCUCGGUGCCUUCUUCUGCGAAAGGAAGGAAAGGACAAAUUCCUAAUUCAGGGAUCUCCAGCUACCGUUUCAGCUGGCUGAAUUGCGUGUCCGAUACUUCUGUUGCAAGGUAAUCGAUCGAUUGCGCGAACUUUCGAUCUGAUCUCUGGGCUUGCUUCCUGUUGAUAGAAAAUUGUCAUGGAUUGCGAGAAUUAUAGAUCGUUUUUAGCAUCUCGGUUUGUAGAUUAGUAAUUGGUCCUCGAUUUUGAUCCCUUUAUGUGUUCGAUCGGAAGCUUUACUUGUUUUUCUAUUACAAGGAGAUGGUUGUUUGCCAUCUAAUGAAAGGCGAGCGCCAGCUGGUAUCAUCAAUCAGCUGAUGAAAUUAUUGGCAACUUAUGAGAAUUGGCAGUGGGUCUGUUUUCAGAUGGUUGGUGAUGUAUUGUUUUUCCUGUCUGUAGGAUGGGGGGGGACCUCUGAUACAGCUAUAGCUUAUUCAGCAUAUGAAUCCUGAUUUGAAAAUCAAUAUGUUAUAGAUUAUCUGUUUGCAUGACUAAUGGAAGAACCUUUUUGGUCUCUAAUUUCCUCGCCAACAGUGUUGAGAAAGAACAUCAUUCUCUGACUGGGAAUAAUAACUUUGAGAGGACAAAGAUGCUGGGAGGGAAGAGGAGAGCUCCUUCGUUGGUUGAUCUUUGUGUCGAAUUGGCAAUUGAAAACGUGAAGUAUCUUGGAGAUGUUGGAGAGACUGAUUCGCACCUUCUUAGCAGGAUUUUACCGCAUUGCACCCUCGAACAGUUGACUCAUGUGGAGAAGAGUACAGUAGGGCGAGAUCUUGGUACAGUGACUGAUCCAUUGUGGAGGAAAUUCUAUGAGAAGCAUUUCGGUCAGAGCAGCACUAAUCUUGUUCUUGAAAGGAUGAAGCAGAAGAAAGUUUCAUUCCAAUGGAAACAACUAUAUGAGGCAAAGGUGAAGGAUGUUGAGGACGCAGAAAAUAAAGCAGUCGCUCGUCUUCGGGAACGAUACAAAAGCGAAGAUGCCCGGAAACAAAGUCGGCAAAUCCAGCUUUGCUCCAAGGUUCCACCUUCAAGCAAUAAAAGAGGCUUUUGGGGAAGUGGUUAUGAUCUUGGAAACUCAAAGAGCAACAUUAUGAAGAAAGCAAAACUAGAUUUCCUGAAGAGUCACGAACUGAAAAAUAUUGCAGCGAUGAACAAAGGUGCGGCACAGAGAAGGAUCGGUUCUACUUCUUCGACUGCCAUUAUGAAGCCAAGCAGCAGCAUUGCUGGAAAAAAUCCCCACAGUUCUGCUUCGUCGACCACCAUAAGGAAGCCAAGUAGCAGCUUUACCGGGAAAAACCCUUCUCGUGCUUCAUCAUCCUCUGGUCCGGCUUCGAUUGGAAGAAGGUUAUAGACUUCGGAACCUGUAUCCUCAUACCCAGAGGCAGAGAAUUAUAGAGAGACAACAUAAAAAUUGAUUCUUUGCGCACUCUGGCAUAUACUACUGCCCUUUCCCUUGCACAUUGUUGAGGGUGGUGAUUAAGUCCGGGAAAAAAAGGAUGCAUGCCUUGGCCUUUGUCUGCCUGCCUGUAUGCUUUGUACAUCUCGACCAAAUCACCAUUAUUUAUCGUGGCUCAUUUCUGAUGCAAAUUGUAUAAGCUUCACUGGUCGUCGCGCAUCGUCUUCAUCGAUACGACUUGCGGUACUUGGUGAGAGAAUCUCCCAUGUGUUUGUAUUUUGUAAAAAUAUGGCUCGCUAGCUUGCUUUCUAGUAGCCAAGUCGCUUAUCCAUCUUCCGCUGCAAAUUGCCCGGAGUGCAGAUUAUAUGGGGAAUGUGUAAGCUAUAUCUUUAGCUAAACCCGUAAAUCGAUAUACACAUCAUUGGUCAAUGUUUGUGUAUCACAUGAGAUUAACGAUUCAAUAUAUGGCUAAAAUUGCAAGAACUUGAACAUAAUCGCGGUGUCGGUUUAAUUCUCCUCCUUAGAACUACUUCGAUAACAUCCUGAUCCACAAUAUCCAAGCAAGAUUGGAAGAGUCGCGCCAUGAAGGCAUCCUAUCCGGAAGCUUGAGUUUUGCCCAUAUCGAAGACGAAUUCUAAUCUCGAAAAGGUUAGAUUGGACAAACUAAUAUCUCACCUAGUUCUUGAGACUGAACUCUUCUCCUCCUGCUUCAUGUAAUCACGUCCAGUUUUGGCGGUAACUUCUGCGCCUUUUCUAACAGAGGGAUGUUUUUGUUAAAAUUUUAUAGUACGAGGACUUAUUCAUUGAGUUAAAAUAGUAGAGGUACUAAAACUUGUACGGAUAAAUGACACCGUCUCCCUGCCUUGCAAUUCGAUCGCUCUGCAAAACCAUGAAGUUCGUUUGAAUCGCACUUUGAACAACUGACUUCGAGCGAAUCUGUUGCCAGGUAAUGGAACUCAAAGCUGCGCGCCAAUCACAAAUGGCCAUGAUUUUCCUAAUUGUGUUCUCGCUUUGCUGAAUUCUCGAACAAAUGUUGGGGGCAUCUUAUGGCCGGAUUUGGUCAUCAUUUUCGCAUCAUGAAAGAAAUCUGUAGAUAAUGUUUAGACUGAACCGAGUUGCAGUUUUUUGUGAUAUAUGCUUGGAGCUUUAGUGCGAAUAUCCUUUGGAGCUUAUGCCAUUUUAGCCUGAAUAGUCCUAGGCUGAAUUCUGUCAUUAAAUCGUUUAGCCGGUUGCUUUGAUCGAGUAGUUCUGGUAGAAUGGAGAAUUGCUUAGAGUUUGAUAUUGCAGAAUCAAGGCUUUAAUAACCG